CGCCCUCUGGAAACAGCUCGGGGCAGACUGACUGACACAAGCACAGGAACCCUGGAGGAGAAGGAAAGGAUAGCGGUUAGAUUUUUUUAUUUUUUAUUUCCUUCGCUUUGAAAGUGGGACGACUUUUCCAGGCUGGACGCAGACAUGCGCUGGAAAAGUGAGGUAAAAGUAGAGUGUCGCAUCGCUAAGGAGAAGGAAAACGGAUCUCUGGUGUCCAACGACGAGGUGAGUGAAGGGCGGGCGUGUAGCUUGUACACUCGCGAUCAGCAGGUUGAGCCGUGAGUCAGUAUCAGAGAUUAAAUAUUAGUCGAAAUUGCUUUGCCAAUUAAAUGAGAGUGGGCUUCGGUCUGUCAUUAAAGCCGGCCUUCACACGCUGCGGCUCAGUAUUUUUACAAUUUGAAGAAAUGUCAAAGAAAAUGAGCCCUCCCUGAAUUCUGCAAUUAAAACUCAAGUAGUUAAUGAGACCUCUUCACCUUUUGGUUGCCCGGGGUAGACGUUUGUGGCGAACUUAGCCUUUUUAAUUGCUGUUAUUAAAUAAAUCAAUCCCCUUUUCCUUCAGACCUCGCGCUGCUUUUCUGAUUGACGCGUGAAAUUGGCGUGUUGGUUGGUUUAACCGCAGCUCGCGCACGCGCGCGCCCGCGAGCAGCGGCUGAAUCACAAAUUCAGAGCUCAAGAACAUAAUGGACACGGGAUGAGUAUUAGUUCAAGUGUUGUCUGUUUUUCUUCUCGUCAUGUGUGAAGAUUGCAAAGGAGACGAAGAGCUGCUGGGCAAAUGCACUGAAGACAGGAGAGACAUAAUGGGCGCACCGGUGGAAGUUUUGGAUGAAGAAGCGUCGUCCCUGCAGGCGAUGUCCUCUGCGCCUCUGUUGGGCAGAACUGUGUGUGCGAGCUGCAACGAGGAAAUAGUUGAUAAAUAUUUAUUAAAGGUUAACGACUUGUGCUGGCAUGUGCGCUGUCUCUCCUGCAGCGUGUGCCAGACUUCACUUGGCAGCCACACAAGUUGCUACAUCAAAGAAAAAGAGGUUUUCUGCAAACUGGAUUACUUUCGGAGAUACGGCACUUGGUGCGCGUGCUGCGGGCGGAACAUCCACUCCACAGACUGGGUCCGCCGGGCGAAGGGCAACGUCUAUCAUCUGGCCUGCUUCGCCUGUUUCUCCUGCAAGAGGCAGCUGUCCACCGGGGAGGAGUUCGCCCUGGUGGAGGGAAAAGUGCUUUGCAGGGUUCACUACGACUGCAUGUUGGACAACCUCAAGCGGGCGGUGGAAAAGGGAAACAGCGUUAACAUGGAAGGAGCUGUGCCCACCGAACAGGAGAUCAACCAGCCCAAACCCUCCAAGAGAGCUCGGACCAGCUUCACUGCUGACCAGCUGCAGGUGAUGCAGGCUCAGUUUGCUCAGGACAACAACCCAGACGCCCAAACACUGCAGAAACUAGCAGAGCAGACAGGCCUCAGUCGAAGAGUCAUUCAGGUCUGGUUCCAGAACUGUCGAGCACGCCACAAGAAGCACGUGAGCCCCAACCACACCUCCAGCACCCCCAUGACCUCACUGCAGCCCAGCCACCUGUCCCAGCCCACCCCGACCCCCGAGGAGCUGCAGUACACCGCCUACGGAGGUCCAGAGGGGUCGAUGCUCUCAGCACUCCACUCCUUCAUAGACAUACACUCGCCUCCAUCCUUGUUUCAACCGCUGCUGCCAGCCCACGCCAUGACCUCGCUGCCUGUGUCUAACGCCUGAGCUGCCCUCUCUCCCUUACACUCACACACAGCUGACCAAUGUUUUUCCAUUAUUAGCAGCAGUAUCUGAUACGUGUGGUAAAUAUAAUUUAAAGUUUUUGUGAACCAUAAAAUCUGCUGUAAUAUUGUUUGUUAAGCAAAUUCUGGAUCAUUAUAAUUUACAGCCCUAAAUGUACUGAUGUAUCAUGGCAACGCUUCGGUGCACGUCACACACGACGUCAUAUAUUUAUAUUUGUUUGUUGUCUGUUUGUUGGUGACAAAGUCUGAUUGUGCUACUCUUAGUGAAAGCCACCAGCCCCACAAAAGUCGACUCCACAUGAAGAUGAACUGAAUAGCAGUGUUGCAAUUUAAUUUAUUGUAUGUGUCGUCUCUUUUGAGAAUAAAUGUCUAAUUUCA